AACCCGAUCCUUGCACUCACAGCUUUCAUUUUAUGAGUUAGCACUUUCUUUUGGGAUCACAUUCAGUGGUAACCAUCCCCGCUGAGCUCCUGCGACUUGCCUCUACUAUCUCACACGCUUGCUGUGCUACAGUAUCACACAUGGCUAACGAAUCGAGGCCCUGCCCAUGUGAUAUCGGAGACAGGUUUGACUAUGAGAGUCGUGGGCAGGAAGUACAAGCUGAGCACAUCAAGGCGUACGUUUGCAAACCACCUGCCAGCACAGACAAAGCUGUGAUUGUGAUUCAUGAUAUAUUUGGAUGGCAACUCCCAAACACCAGAUACAUGGCUGAUAUGCUUGCUGCUCAUGGAUACAUAGCCAUCUGCCCGGAUUUUUUUGUGGGACAAGAAGCUUGGAAACUUUCUAAUGACUGGGCGACUUUCAAUGACUGGCUGAAAACCCGAAAUGCCAGCAAAAUAGACAAAGAAGUCGAUGUCAUCCUGAAGUAUCUGAGGGAACAAUGUGGUGCAAAGAAGAUUGGUGUCAUUGGGUUUUGCUGGGGUGGAGCAGCAGUACAACAUCUGAUGCUGAAAAAUCCUCAUUUAAAGACGGGGGUGUCCCUCUAUGGAGUGAUCAGGUUCUUUGAGGACAGAUCCAGUUUGCUUCAUCCCACCUUCUUCAUUUUUGCUGAAAAGGAUGAGCACAUCCCAUUGGAGCAGGUCACUCUACUGGAGCAGAAGCUUAAACAAAACUGUAAAGUUGAUUAUGAAGUUAAAAUUUACCCUGGACAGACGCAUGGGUUUGUGCAUCGCAAAAAAGAAGAUAUCAAUCCUCAAGAUAAACCUUAUAUUGAGGAAGGAAGAAAGGAUAUGAUCAACUGGCUGAAUAAAUACCUUUAGCAUAAAUAAAUGCCCAUAAAAUAAAUCAAUUGUUGUAGGAAAUCAGAAAAUAAUACAGACUAUAUUGAUUAAAAUGUUCUUAAAACCACCAAAAUAUUUUGUAGAACUGUUUUGCAAUAACACUACUUGUUUGCACUUAGUUUCUAAGUAGAUGCUUAGAAAUGGCUUUUCAAAUGUUGAAAGCUAUAAAUGUAAAAAAGAUUUUAAAAUUUGA